AUCAAGACUAUGAACUCUAUGAGCAUGAUCAAGGCCAGAAGUAUACACAAGUCCCCUCCCACUUCCACACUGACCCCCCACAACUUCAUCUCCUCACUCUCUUCUCCUUUCAAGACUCUUCUAAAGGAAUGGGAGAAGCUUCCACUGAGAAUAGAGGUCUCUAAUUCCAUGAAGGCUGCAUCUUUGAAUCUCGUCGAUGCUUUUGUAGAUUGGAUGUACAAAUUUUCAGAUCUGCCAGCAUUAAUUGAGGAAAAUUUUGCACCUGUAGAUGAAAUUGAUGGAGUCGUGCUAGUUCACAACUUAGAGGGAGAGAUUCCAGAGACUUUUCCUGAGGGAGUCUACAUAAGAAAUGGUCCAAAUCCCCAAUACCCAACUCAAACAACAGCAACCUCCAUCUUUGGCUCCACAGCUUACACAUGGUAUGAAGGGGAUGGUAUGCUACAUGCAACUUAUUUCGACAAAGCCGGUAACGGAAAGUGGAGGAUCUCAUACAAGAACAAAUAUGUAGUAUCAGAAACUUUCCAGAUGGAGAAAGAAAGAAACAAAGCAUCCUUCAUUCCUGCUGUAGAUGGCCAGCCUCAUGGAAUACUAGCAGCUUUUGUUUUCAAUAUGCUAAGAUUUGGCAAAGCAGUCAAAGACAGCAGCAACACUAGUGUAUUUGAACAUGCCGGGCGAGCUUAUGCUGUCACAGAAAAUCAUCUACCUUAUGAGAUAGAUAUCGCAACACUUGACACUGUAGGACUUUAUAAUGUUUAUGGAGCUUGGAAUCGACCUUUUACUGGUCACCCAAAGAAAGCUCCAAGAACAGGAGAGUUGGUCACCAUGGGGGUUGAUGUCAGAAAGCCUCACUUUGUCCUAGGAAUCAUUUCUGCUGAUGGAAAGAAUUUGCUUCACAAGGUCAACCUCGAAUAUGAAUCAGGAAAACUGAUUCAUGAGAUUGGAAUCACUAAGAACUAUAAUAUCAUCAUGGACUACCCGCUUAGGUUUGGCAUUGAUAGAGUUCUUGUUGGUAAACAAUUCAUCCAACAUGACACUAAUGCAAGAGCAAGAAUCGGAGUGAUGCCUCGUUUCGGCGAUGCAAAAUCUACAUCUUGGUUCGACGUAAAGAACCACUGCAGCUACCACCUCAUCAAUUCCUUCGAAGAAGGACAUGAGGUUGUUGUAAGAGGCUGUCGAAUACUUUGUUCGGUAAUCCCGGGACCCGAUCAUAAAACCGACAAAGCUAAGUGGUAUCAAAGAGCUUUUCUCCAGCCAAAGAAGGAUUCAAAAGAAUUUGAUCCUUCCGUCGACGGAAUUCUUUUCUCCCGGCCCUACGAAUGGAGGCUUGACUUGGUGACUGGUGAAGUUGAAGAAGGAUAUAUAACAUGUGAGGAGGUUGCAAUGGAUUUCCCUGCAAUCAACAACAACUUUAUUGGCAUUAGAAACAAGUAUGCAUAUACCCAAGUUGUGGAUUCGCUAGCGACCUCUAACUCUAUAGCAGGCUUAACAAAGUAUAAGAUGUUAGCAAAGCUACACUUCGACAUAAAGAACGAGGACGAUAAAAAUUUUAUAAACGUAGACUACCAUGUCCUAGAAGAAAACCACUUCUGCUCUGGGGUUCAGUUUGUCGAGAAGAAGGAUGCUGUCGAUGAGGAUGAUGGAUGGCUCAUUUCUUAUGUCCAUGAUGAGAAAGCAAAUGUUUCCAAAGUGUACAUAAUUGAUGCAAAAAGAUUCACAGAGGAACCUGUGGCCAAAAUAACCUUACCUCAAAGAGUGCCUUAUGGUUUUCAUGGCAUUUUUAUUAGUAAAUGA